GUUUCUGCUCAGAGUGAGAAAGUGUAAUAAAAAGUGUGAUGAUUGGGUUAUUGAGGUUGAAUUUUGAGCUGCACCUUUCACACUAAUCGCACCUUCCCUUCUCUCUGCCAUGAGCCGUUGAGGCCAUCCAAUUCUAAAGCCGCCCCACUUCGUCCGUUGUGGACUGAGUUCAUAUAUCGACCCGAUUUAUUACUAUGGCUGUUUCAACCCUUUGGGAGCAGUAGUAAUCCAAACAGCAACAUGUCACGCCCUCCAAAGCCCAAGAACCAGAACCCCAUUCAAAUCGCCGUCAGCUCAUGGCUAGAUUCACUUCCGCCCACCUCCUUGGACUCUCUGGUCGAUCGAUCCAACAACAUGGAUGUCAACGACAACAAUGACAUCAACCAGCUGCUCCUCUCCCGCGCCCCCAAGCGCUGGGUGGUCUACGAGCCCAUGGUCUUGCUACCCAGCGGCUCCUUCACCGCCCAACCCUGGCCAGCCCUGUUGUCGUCCCUGACCGGCGCCCAGAAAGAGUGCCUCUGGGCAGGCAUCCUCGGCCAACUCUCCCCCGGCAACUCCAAGCCACCGCUAACCCACCUGGCCAUCAACGAGGGAAUUCCAUUGCAUUUUGCAGAGCCAUCAGAUGGACUGUGCAAAGGAGGUUCUGGGUCAGCCGACGAGGGGAGAGCCGAGAAAGAGAAUCUCCUUCGCGCCCCGAGAAAUCUGCACCCUCUGCACGGCGACUUUGGCCCCUUACCAUCACCAUCAUCCUCGAAACCGACAGACUUCGCCACGUUAGACUUUUCGGCCGCCCUCUGGGCCUCGACAACCCAAAACGGUCUCAUCCAAACCUGGGCCCCGCUGCACACCAUGUUCAGCCGGGGCAACAUCAAGGAGAAGGCCCGUCUCCUGGCCUUCCACUCGGCCUCUGCUUCUCCAUCUUCUUCUUCCUCUCCCUCUUCCCUCCCAGACCAUCGUCACCAAAAGAGGCAAGCGAUGAUCUACCCACAAAGCAGACGAAGGCAAGGGCAAGGCGGCACAGAGAAAUGGGCAGUCGACCUGUACGCAGGCAUUGGCUACUUUGCCUUCUCGUACGCCCGCCUCGGCAUGCGGGUGCUCUGCUGGGAGGUGAAUCCGUGGAGCGUGGAGGGUCUGAGGCGCGGGGCCCAGAGGAAUGGGUUUACUGUUAAGGUCAUCAUUCCCACUUCUUCCUCUCCUGACGGGAUUGACAUGGACCAAGACGCCGUCAUACAUGCUAGUGCCGAGCAGAUCGUAGUCUUUCUAGAGGAUAACGCGCUCGCGGCGGGGCGGAUUGCCGCGGCGAGGAGGCGAGGGUGGGCGGGCGACGUGGUGCAUGUGAAUUGUGGGUUCUUGCCGUCGAGCGAGCCCGUGUGGAGAGAUGCAUUUGGCAUGGUGGCGGGCCAGGGUUGGCUGCAUCUGCACGAGAAUGUGGCCGACGGGGAUAUUGAGGCGCGGAAGGUGGAGGUGCAGAGGUUGUUUGACCGGUGGGGCACGGAGGAGGAUGCAAAGGAAGCGGGCCGGGAGGAAGGGGCCGGGGCGGAGGUCGAGCAUGUUGAGCUGGUCAAGACAUAUGCGCCCGGGGUAUGGCAUUGCGUGUUUGACGUGUUCAUUAGAAGGUCUAGCGCGGUGGUAUAGAGGGUGGCUGCUGUUGUCGGUUUCGUCGUCGUUGCUGGACUUGCCAGUGUCAUUACCAUUACUUGUACGUGGUAUGUGGUAGUAUGUGCCCCGUAUCUCUCUGGGUAUCCGUUGGCUGUCCAGACAGCUAAUCACGCCGGAACUUGGCGGGUAUGUUGGCCUCGACAAUGCUCUG